AUGAACGCUCGGAUGAUUGCCCGUUCUUUGCGCCCCAUUGCGCGCACUGCCACCCCUGUUGUGCGCAUGGGCAGCGUACGAGCCAUGAGCGGCAGCCAUGCCCACGAAAACGAGUCGUUUGAGAGCUUCUCGGCCCGCUACGAGCAGUUCUUUGGGCAGGUCCAGGACUUGUUCGAGCUCCAGCGUGGACUCAACAACUGCUUUGCGUACGAUCUCGUUCCGAGCACCGGUGUUAUCGAGGCUGCCCUCCGUGCUGCUCGCCGUGUAAACGACUACUCUACUGCGGUCCGCAUCUUUGAGGGUAUCAGGGAAAAGGUAGAGAACAAGGGCCAGUACGAGGCUUACCUUAACGAACUCAAGGGUGUUCGGGAAGAACUUGGUAUCGACACAAAAGAGGAGCUCUAUAGCUCGUAG